AUGACGGACCACCAAUACAUCAGCGAAGACUACCUGGCGAUGGCCGUGACUCUGCGGUUCACCGUGCCUCCAACAGUGGUCCCUGAUCUACGAGCAUCAAGACACGCCGACGAUCAAGUGCUCGUCUCAUCGAUGAACUUGGCCCACAACCACGCCCUUCGCCACGACAAACCGCGUCGGCAUCAUCAAGGCAUUCGAACGACUUGGUAA